AGAGGAGACAUCUGUAAGUAGAAAUCAAAUGUUAUUCGUUAUUUAAAUAUCUAAUCAAACGUUUAAACGGCUGUGAAUAUUUAAGUAUUUAUACACUGCGUUAAAAAUUUUUGGAAUUUGUUCAAGUAAAAGUAAUGGAACCAAUGGCAUUAGGAUCACCUGUUGGAAGUCCAGUGCAAAAUCCUGGAAGUCCAGGAACUUCUGCAUACCUCCCAAAUUUCCUUCUAGGUGAUUCUACAACGCCUGCCAAAAUAAGUUUGAUGGGCCCACAAGAUAUUCUGAAACAGUCACACAUUGGUCACAGUGCACUGACCUCUCCACCUUCCCACUAUGGUACUCCAGAUUAUCGUAGUAAUCGUCAGAAAGCUGUGUUCGGAAGUGCUAAUACUCCUAACACAUCACAAAUAGUCACAGAAAGCCACACUGGUGGACCUCCAACAAGAGGACUAUUCGAUACUCUAGAAACUUCUCAAACUGCAUCACCCUACUUGUCAGCAACAAAUCAAAGUAUACCUUGCUAUCAACCAAGACUUUUAGUGAAUAGUAUGAAUACUUCUAUAUUUAACGAUGGUGCAAUGAGCCCUAAUGCAAAUGAAUCACAAGGUCUUUUGCAAUGGGUAACCGUUUUCGGUUUCUCUCCUAGUGAUAUGAAUACAGUUUUAGCUCACAUCUCGAGUAGAGUUCGCGUAGUGGACAAGCAUCCUCCACCACAUUCACAGAGCAACUGGAUACACUUAAAAUGUGCUUCAGAAUUAGAAGCACAAAGGGCACUCGCGUGUAAUGGAAAUAUAGUAUCUGGAUCUAUAAUGAUCGGUUUGAUCCCUUGUACAGACGAGGGUGUUAUAUUAGGGUCGGAUAAAGAGAGUCGUUCAAGAAUGAACGGAAGUACUAAAUGUUUCUCGAACCUAGCAAGAGUCACUCAAUCGCCAGAAUACAAUACACCACGCACACCUGUUAGGAUACAAAAUGCAAGGCCACUGGCAGCUGGUUACAAUCAAAAUCUUAGUUCACAAUCAGUGAGAUCGCCUGAAAAUGUUCCACAGAAAUCUACAGGUUUAGUUUCGAAAGCAAUGGAAUACAUGUUUGGGUGGUAAUUUUGACUGAAGACAAUUAUACAUGCUGUUUCGAUAAUGACAAAUAUUAUUUAAUAUGUAAUUCUCCUUAUGUUUUUAUAAAAAUCGAAUGCAAUAUAGACAUGAAUAAUCCGAGAGAGGAAUAUAUAUAUAUAUAUAUAAAAGAUCCCAAAAAUGUCUGUUUACGCUUCUUUACUAUCGAUGGUACCAAAUAUAAAUCUUUAUAAACACCAA